UUUUAGCAGGGCCGUUUUAGAUGUAACACCAAACAAAUUGUCAAAUCAAACACGUGUGUGAUUGUAGUCAGAUAAAUGAGCUGUGUAAAAUCGGAGGAUCAUAUCGUUAUAAGUUCAAAACACACAAAGUGAGACAGAAUGGUGGGAAAGAUUAAACGGAUCCGACAGAAGCUUCAUCACGGCGCCGUAAAGCUGCAAAAUGACAGUGAAAGCAAAUCUACUCAAGGAAAUCUGGAGAAAGCUCCGAUCCCAUCAGCACUUGUGCAAAGUACAGCAAAAACACUCUCAACACAGCCCAAAAUAAACACAACCGACAGCAGUGUAAACAGCAAUGCAAAGACGUUUAAUUUUCCCAGUGGAGUGUUUGCUGGAACUAAAAUUACCCCCGAGACUUUAGUCCAAAUUCUGAAGUUUGAUGAACCAUCAAAUGUGACAGUAACCAAACAUGCAGGAGGAGAACAGAAAUGCACAGGGGAAAAGAAACAACAAUCCAAGAAAGAAAAAAUGAAGGAGCGGAGAGAACGAUGGCUGAACAAAAUAAGUGCAAUUAAACAGGCACGUGAACAGCAAAUGGCACAAGCACGGAGGAAGGCCAUGCCCAUUGUGGGGGACAUGAGACCGCUGGCCGACGCCCUUCCUGAACUCUCCCUUCUCCUCCCAUCUCUUAAAAGUGCACACCGGAAAAAUAAAGCUCCAGUUAAGAAGAAACCAGAACCCACAGACUUCAGUCUGAUGAAACCAUCCCAGAAACGAAAGCUACUCGAGAAUGAAACAUCUCACUUUAGCGAAGCCAUGAAAAACCCUGCCUACAAGACCAACCCCUUGGCUGUGAUCGGUGAACACUUGCGAAAACGACUAAAACAAGGAGAAGAACAGAGUUAAUCAUAUCUUUGGAGCACCACCCUAUUGUUAGACUACAAAAACUGUAUGUUAAACCUGGGACACCGAAACAAACUAGUUGGUGUAUCUCACAAAAACUGUCAAGAUAUGUCCAGGGUUGCAUUUCCCAAAAGCACCGUAAGCUUAAGUUGAGCGUAGAGACCAUUGGCGCCAAUGGUCUCUACGAUCAACUUGAGCUUGCAAUGCUUUUGGGAAAUGCAACCCUGGACAUAGUUUACCCCAAUAUCAAAAGUUAAAAAUACUAAGUGUUAUUUUGCAUGAAGAAAAUAAAGCUUUUUAGGACCAUCA